AUGCAUGGAGGUUUUGUGUUGAUUUUCAUAUUGAAAUAUAUUUUAAAAUCCUGCGGAUCAGACAGCAUAGAGGCGCCUGAGACCGUCUGCAACUCGACCGUACGUUAUAAUAUGCGUUAUGCGCUGAGCACCAUUAUCGAUAGAUAUUUUGUGCCGAGCUCAAGUGAGCUGAUGAUUUCCGUGCAUGCGAAGCACAAAAGAUCUUGGCGUCUUAUGCAGGAUUUGAUCACUUGUACGGGACCGUACAUUUACAAUAUUAAAUUGCAACUCGAAACAAUGGGAGCGCCGCGCCUACCAACACCAACGAGGUUAUAUAAUCUGCUGCUAAUUGAUGGACCACAGGCGUUAGUCGAGCUGGACCCUGCUGAGUUGACGAAGAAUUUCGAUUUUGCGGAACAAUAUCUGGUACUACUUAUCGAUCCGGACACAUCACUAGUGCCCCGUCUUCUCAUCACCAGCAUUUUGAGCUACUUCUAUCGCUACUCUCUCAUUAAUGUCAGUGUGUUGUAUGAGAUCAAGCGCGACUAUGUCGAGGUCUACACAUAUUUUCCAUUUAUGGGCAAUAGCCCCUGCAAGGGCAAUAAUGUGCAUGUGAUUAAUGCUUACAAUGGCAGCUGGUUGAAACCCUUGUCGACACAUAUUUUCCCAGAAAAGCUACGGGACCUGCAAAACUGUUCGCUGCGUGUGGCCGUCUGGGAUUCCCCACCAUAUCUGAGUUACUACCCCAAUCGGAGUGGUUAUGCGCAGUUGGGCUCUUUCGAAGGUGAAAUGUUGGUGGAGUUCGCCAAGAAGCUUAACUUUACUUUAGAUCUGGUAGAGCCACCGAAUAACGAGCAGCGCGGUCGACGCCUGGAGAACGGGACUUUAACGGGUGCCAUGCAAAUGCUCCAGGAUCACGUAGUCGACUUGAGUUUAGGCUGUUUCCGUUACACCGUGGAACGUUGCGAGUUGAUGACAGGCGCGCUCCCGUACUAUCAAACUUGGCAGAUAUUUGGCGUCAAGUUGGCUGGUCAAACGUACUCUUCACUGGAAAUAUUCAGCUUUCCAUUCGACGCGGAAACUUGGUACUAUCUCCUAUUCAGUUUUCAAUUGAUUCUGCUGCUCGCUUACGUUAUAAAAAUGCGCUGUAGACACUCUGAACUCGCACAUAUCAUGAUCGGCUACCCACGUCCGCGCUCGCCACUUACCAAUGCCUACAGCCUCUUCCUCGGUAUACCCAUACAGCGCACGCCUCAUACGAACUUCGCACGUUUUGUGCUCGUUUUGUGGAUCAUUUAUGGCUAUGUUAUGCGCAACGCCUAUCAGAGCUUUCUCUAUAAAUUACUGCAGACCGAUUUGUAUCGCAUACCCCCACAGAAUAUAUUUCAACUCAUUAACGAUGGUUACUCGCUCAUUAUGACACAGGCAACAUACGAUACCGUGCGUUCAGCGCCUCUAAUACAGAGUGGUCGCAUACCGAUUAUAAUAAAUUACGAUCCGUACGAGUGGAAAUCCUACGAAAUGAUCGACGAAAUGGGUGGCAAGUUGGCGGCUGUUUCACCAAAGGAUUACCUCACCUACUAUGUCAUGUCAAAGCGCAAACGUGGCGCCUUCUUUGUGCUGCCGGAUCGGUUCUUUGCUCAACACAUCACAAUAUAUUUUUCGAAGCACAGUUUUUUGGUCGAGCGCUUCAAUGUGAUGCUCAUGCAACUGCGCAGUCAGGGUUUGGUGGACUAUUGGGCGGAAAAAAAUUUGGAUCUGAGUUACUUCGACAUACUCGACGCGGAGGACAAUGAUGCGCUGGACAUGGACGAUCUAUGGGGGGUUUUUGCGAUGUAUCUGAUAUUGAUUGGCUUAGCAGGUUUGGUUUUUGUUGCGGAAGUGCUCUGGCAUAGACUGGUAUCGGCGGUGCGGUUGCUGUGUUCACGUUGGUAA